AUGUCGACGCGGAACAUGAAGCUCCAGGCAUGGGCCGACGUCGUGCUGCGGCGUCACGGCGGCCGGUUCGCGACGCACCCUAUCUUCGCCUUCCUUGUCUUUAACAUGGGCGUGCGGUCUAAGAACCGCCAGGCCAGCAUGCUAGGCGUAGCGAGGAAGAACUUCGCAAGGGUCGAGGGCCUACUAAAGUCGUUAACGGCGCAGAGGCUCGAGGCGGCCAGGCCGAGCUCGAGGCCACAGGUACGGGUGCCGGCUAUCUGGUUCACGCUGAACCCGAACGACAUUACGAACCUAGUAAAGUUACGGCUAGCGGCGCACCGCGGCCGCGACCCCGACGAGGCCGAGGCCUUCCUAAGUGACCUAGGGACCGCGUAUAAGCGGACGCGGCUGGCCAUAUCGGACCCGAUGAGCUCGGCCGUCUUCUUCCACCGGGAGAUGACGCUCUUCUUCGAGCACUACGUCAACGUCGGGGAGGAGUCGGUGUUCGGCCACGUCGGCGCAUACUACGGGCGGGGCAACGCGGGCAUUGGCGACGCGCUCGCCGGCCCGGACGCGGAGGAGCAGGCGGCGUACCGGGAGCGCAUCGUCCGCUACGUAGAUAGCGUCUUCUCUGAGGAGCUAGACGCAGAAGGUUACUGUGCCAUGCAGGCAGAGCGGUCGGCCACGGCGGACAUAUCGUCGCGGCUCGACGACGUCGCGCGCUUCACGGACACCUUCGACGAGGAGGCCAACUUCUGCGCGGGCGCGACGCAGAUCCAUACGCAUAGCGCGACCUGCGUAAAAUACUCGCUCGGCGUGGGGGCGCGGAAGGGGGACCUCUGCCGGUUUAAGGCGCCGUGGAGGUUGGUGGAGAGGACGGCGCUGACGGCGGACGGGGUGCUCGAGAUCCGGCGGACGCAUAGCAUGGUGAACCGGUGGAACAGGGCGAUGGCAGUGGGGCUACGACACAACCACGACAUCUCGUUCAUCGCGACGCAGCGCAAGACCAUGGCCCUAAUCUACUAUAUUACUAACUAUGCGACGAAGGUAGAGGACCCGGUGUGGAAGCGUGUGGCCGCCGCGGCCGAGUUCCUUCCUGUGCUAGAGCCGACGGGAGAGGGCAACAGAAGUGGCGCCGACCGCGACGCCGGCCGGGAGGGCGGGGCCGAAGGGGUAGCGACGGCGGCGGACCCCGUAGGGGGAAAUAAGACGAGAACGUUCCUGCUUAAGGCGGCGAAUCGAGUCUUUACGGAGCGGCCGCUGUCGCAGGUCGAGGUGAUCGCGCACCUCCUAGGGUACCCGGCGGAGUUUAGCAGCGGCUCAGCGUGGGCGUAUAUAAACGCAAACCAGCUCUACUGGGCCGUCUUCCGCCGGUGGCGGCACCUCCGACGGGCGAGCGGCGCCGAGGCGACGGGCGACGCGCCGGACGAGACGGCGCUUAGGCGGCCGGGUUGCGGGGCGACUGUAUGCGUCGACGGAUACCUCAGCAAGGAGUUCAGCGAGGAAGACGACGAGUCGUGCCACCGGAGGGCGGCGGUGCAGCACCUGGCCCUAUUCGUGCCGUGGGAGUCCUUCCUCGGCGAGGAGGCAGGCGACAUUAACAACAUCUGGGCACGGGCGCGGACUCCUCCGGCGGUCGGCGGAGGACGCGAAGCGCGACGCCAGCAGUGGGCCGCCACGGCCGAGGAGGGCGGUAUGACGGCGCCGCAGGCCGACGACGAAGGCAGGGGCGGCCGAAGGGGGCGAGGAGGCAUACCGCGCCGGCGGGCGGGCGACGCGGCCCGGCUCAUCGACGUCGUCCGGAACGCCGCCAGCGCGGGACAAGUCACGGCGCAGUCAACGGAGCUGCUAGCGAUGACGCAGCAGCUCUGCCGGUUCCAGCAGUCGGCGCUCGGGUCGGCGGCCGAGCUCGCGGCGACGGUGGUGGCGGACGAGAGGGCAGGCAGGCGGGUGAACCUACCGGGCUCGGCGCUGUCGGGGCGGCACUGCCGCGGCAAGAAGAGGGAGCUGGCGGGCCAGCUCACGCUCAACGAGAAGCAGGCCAUCGCCCUCCUAAUCGUGUGCCGGCAACUCGACCGAAUCCGGCAGGGCGACGACGCAGGCGGCGACGGUGGUGGCCAGCUCUGCCUAUUCAUCGGCGGCGAGGGCGGCACCGGCAAGUCGCGCGUCAUCGAGGCGCUCGUCGAGCUGCUCGCCCGGAGGACCUAUCGAGCCGGGUACUGGUUACGGCGACGUCGGGGACGGCGGCAGCGCGGAUCAACGGCAUCACGCUGCACUCGGCCUGCGGCCUACGGUCGGCCAGGGCGGCCGGGCGGAGGGGCGACGAGGGACAUUGACGGCGUACGGCUGGCGGGCCAGGGCGAGCGCUUCGUCGACGGCCGGUCGCGGAUGGACUGGCAGGAGAAGGAGGUGCUGGUGAUCGACGAGGUCAGCAUGCUCGGGGCGCGGACGCUGCACGCCGCCAACGAGCAGCUCUGCCGGCUGCGGGGGUCGGCGCGGGACUUCGGCGGCAUCCCGGUAGUGAUCCUCUGCGGCGACUUCCACCAGUUCCGGCCGGUGCAGGAACGGUCGAUCCUGCUGCCGAGCGCGGCGGUGGCGUGGGACGAGGACGGGGCGUUCGCGGCCGAGCAGCGGCGGCAGCACGACAAGGCGCACGCGCUGUGGCGGCGCUUCACGACGGUCGUCAUGCUAGACGAGCAGAUGCGGGCCGCCGGCGACCCGGAGCUGCGGCGGCUGCUCGGGCGGAUCCGCCGGGGCGAGCAGGACCGGUCGGACCUAGAGCUGCUCAACUCGAGAUGCUACCGGCCGGGCAGGCGGAUCCCGUGGGAGACGGGCCUGACGGUGGUGACGCCGCUCAACCGGAACCGCUGGAACCUCAACCUAGAGGCGGCGCUCGCGUUCCGGGAGGGGCGGCGGACGGCGGCGCGCGUCUUCCUCUCCGAGCAUAAGUGGAGGGACGGCGUGCCGACGGAAGAGGAGGCGGUGCUAAUGCUAGGCCAGGGCGACGACAGCGCGACCCCGGUGCCGGCCGUCUUCCUCUUCGUGCCAGGCAUGCCGGUCGUCGUGAACCAGAACACGCACCAGGGGCUGAAGCUUGUGAACGGGGCCGGAUCACAGCGCAGCGGAAGCGGCCAUGGCAGCGCAACGACGUCAGCCAGGGGCCUGCCGUGCGCGGCGGCCUUCGCCUGCACCGACUAUAAGGUGCAGGGCGGGACGCUAGAGCGCGUGGCGCUGGAGCUGCGGGGGGCGAGGAUGACGACGGUCGAGGGGAGGGCGGUGCCGUCGUCGUGCGACCCGUAUAGCCUAUACGUGCAGCUGUCGCGGUGCCCGACGCUCGACGGCAUCAUGCUCGUAUCAGAGGUGCGGAGCGGGACCUAG